AUUACCCAUAAAUUUUGAAUAGGAAAUUUAUCUUUAUCUUGUGGGCCAAAUGACACAUGGCAAAUUUUGAUAUGCCAAUGUGAUGCCAAUUUGAAUGACACAUGUCAUCAUUUGAUUUAAUUAAUUUAAUGACAUUAAUUCAGAAUUUGCCAUUAAAUUCUGAUGUGGCAUUUUAUAAUUGGCUUAAAAUUUUGCCUCCUACAAUCGUAAAGAAAAGCAUUCAUGUGACUAUACUACCCUUGGAUUAAAAUAGAAGUAAUUAGGCUUAUAUGUCGUGACAGUCCUAAUUUUAUGGUAAAUGUCUUACUUUAUAAGGCAGCACUACUCUGAGAAUAAUAAAAACAGCUGGAAUUACACAAUUUCAUUUAGAUUUGCUUUCAAAAUAUGCUGAUCCAGUCAUUAAAGUAGUUGAGAUAAAUUUACAGGGAUUUUUUUGUUAUUAUUAUUACUAGUUCAUUCAAAUUGUGCUAUUCUUUGCUAUUUUGGUUUUUGAAAGGUUCUCUUUUGGUGUUCAUAUUAUGAGGUACCGAUCAGAAUAAAUUUCGGAACCCCGUUAAUUUACAUUGGCAGGUUUCCAUGCCAAUAUUAUGCAAUUUUGCUGUGGAUAAGUUCUUGUUGUGGUUUUGUUUGGAUAUUUUCUGACCUUAAUAAAUAGUUUUGGCCUGUAGAUAAGUUUAGGUACAUUUCCUUUGUGAUGAAGGUUUGCCUUUCUGAAAUCGAAGUCAUCUUUCUAACAUUGGCAGGUAAUUCACAUAGUUUUCUGGAUUUUUUUGUUCGUUCGUUAAUUCAAUUUGCAUGCGUAAGUUGGAUAAAACUCAUUCUAGACGGGAUGGAUCUAGAUCCCUGGCUGAUAUUCUCACGAAGUGGAAAGAAUAUAAUGAGCAACUUGAUUCCUCCAACGGUGAGGAAAAACCAGUCCGUAAAGUUCCUGCCAAGGGUUCGAAGAAGGGAUGUAUGAAAGGUAAGGGAGGCCCAGAGAACUCACGUUGUAAUUACAGAGGUGUUCGGCAGAGGACAUGGGGAAAGUGGGUUGCAGAAAUCCGGGAGCCAAACCGGGGUAAGAGGUUGUGGCUAGGUACUUUUCCAACAGCCAUUGGAGCUGCACUGGCGUAUGAUGAAGCUGCCAGAGCCAUGUAUGGUUCUGCCGCCCGCCUCAACUUUCCCAAUGUUAAGAUUUCGUCUUUCUUAAAGGAUUCUCCAAAGGAUUCUUCUUUAGUUGCAACAACAUCAGGGUCUUCUUCAGUGGCAACUGCAGGAGGGUCUGAGUCGUCAGACGAAUCUGAGGGUUCUGCAUCAGAGGGCAUUGAUCUGAACCCUGUUUCUCCAAGUGUAAAGCAUGAUGAUGGGGUAUGGCUGGAUUUUGAUACUUGUAUUUUGGUGGUGGCUGGAAAUUUGACAUUUGCGCUUCACUGGUGCGCUAUAAUAUCUGUCUUUUUCUAUGUUUUGUUUUUGGUUGAGUUUUGAACUUUGAUUUUUCUAAUGAAACGCCCGUUUGAUAUCA